GACUGGUAGCUGAAUGCAAUUGUCUUGUUGGUGUUCUUAAAUUAUAAUUUUUUUUCUCAAUUUCAUUUUCCCCCAGCUCAAAACCCUAGAUUUGAUUUUCUAAGAGGGAAUAAAAAGUAAAUGUCGUUGGAUUCUAUCUCAUCUUCGUCUUCUGUUGAUGAGUCCACCGGCUUAAACCGUAAUUCCGAUCUCGAACCGGUUGAUGAACAGUUCGGUUUGUUGUCAUUGACCGAACCUGUCGAAUUGGAACCUAAUCGUGGAAAUGGCUAUGGAGUCACCAAUGGAUCGUUGAAUCGGGAGAGAAGCAACGGCGAGGAAGAGGACGAACGAUUAACAGUGCAGAAUCGGGAAAUAUUUGGCGACGAAAGGCCUUCGAGUCCUAGCAGUAGUGGGUAUGCCGGUGAGAGAGGGAGCAGCAGUGCCUCGACCGCGUCUCGGAUCGAUGGAGCUAUUGAGGUUGACGGUGAUGAGAUUCAGGAAGUAAGGAACGAUUGUUCCCUCGAAGGAUUCUCCGAUACUCAGGCCUCCGCUUGGGUACCGGGUAAACGUCAUGUUGAUGAGGAUGAUGGUUCAAUAUCAUGGAGAAAGAGGAAGAAACACUUCUUUAUUUUGAGUAAUUCUGGUAAACCAAUAUAUUCCAGAUAUGGAGAUGAACACAAGCUAGCUGGUUUUUCAGCAACAUUACAAGCCAUCAUUUCCUUUGUGGAGAAUGGGGGAGAUCGUGUCAAAUUGGUCAAGGCUGGGAAGCACCAGGUGGUCUUUCUUGUGAAAGGACCAAUUUAUUUAGUUUGCAUCAGCUGCACAGAGGAGCCCUAUGAAUCAUUAAAAGGACAAUUGGAGCUUAUUUACGGCCAGAUGAUACUUAUAUUAACGAAGUCCAUAAAUAGAUGCUUCGAGAAGAAUCCUAAGUUUGACAUGACACCUUUGCUUAGAGGAACAGAUGUUGUUUUCUCUUCCCUCGUUCACUCCUUCAGUUGGAACCCAGCUACCUUUAUUCAUGCAUACACUUGUCUUCCUCUUGCUUAUGCAACAAGGCAAGCUGCCGGUGCCAUAUUGCAAGAUGUUGCUGAUUCUGGGGUGCUAUUUGCCAUACUAAUGUGUAAACACAAGGUUAUCAGUCUUGUGGGUGCUCAAAAAGCUUCUCUUCAUCCUGAUGAUAUGUUACUACUUUCAAACUUUGUGAUGUCAUCAGAAUCAUUUAGGACAGCAGAAUCAUUCUCACCAAUUUGCUUACCAAGAUAUAAUCCUAUGGCAUUUUUGUAUGCAUACGUUAAUUUUUGUGAUGUUGAUACCUAUUUGAUAUUGCUUACUACCAGAUCAGAUGCGUUCUAUCAUCUUAAAGAUUGCAGGAUUUGCAUAGAACUUGUUCUCUCGAAGUCCAAUUUUCUUAGUGAAGUUCAGAGGUCAAUGAUUGAUGGUGGAAUGCAUGUUGAGGAUUUGCCGCUUGACCCAUUGCCUCGAUCGGGAUCAUCACCUCACCUAGGCCAGCAAAGACUUCCAACUCAUUCGUCUGAGAGGCUUCCAACAGAUUCUCCUAAGAGGCCGAGGGAACCAUUUAUUGGCAUUGGUGGUCCUGCUGGACUUUGGCAUUUCAUUUAUCGUAGUAUAUUUCUCGAGCAAUAUGUAUCUUCUGAGUUCUCUCCGCCACUUAGCAGUCCCCGGCAACAGAAAAGAUUAUAUAGAGCUUACCAAAGACUGUAUGCUUCCAUGCAUGAUAAAGGAAUUGGGCCCCAUAAAACUCAGUUUAGAAGAGAUGAAAACUAUGUUUUACUCUGCUGGGUUACACAAGAUUUUGAACUCUAUGCGGCAUUCGAUCCCCUUGCAGACAAGGCAGUAGCCAUAAAGACUUGCAACAGGGUUUGUCAAUGGGUAAAAGAUGUAGAAAAUGAGAUUUUUUUGCAGGGAGCUAGCCCCUUUUCAUGGUAAUAAAAGUCAUUCAUGUAAUACAUAAUAUGUACUCUAACUUUUGUUUAUUAGCACGACCCUCCUUUAUACUUUUCCCUUCUUUUUUUGCCCCCAGUCUGACAAGUUAGAAUUUCAUGGUAGCCAUAGUUAGAUGGACAAAUGUAUGAUUAAGUUUCUAAAUGUUUGCCCCUUUCUUUUUUGUUUUGUUUUCAAUCUUUUCUCCAUUGGUGGUGGUGCCACAAUAAGUCAUAAGAUAGUAGAGAAAUUUCUAAAUUAUGCACUACUCUCUUGUAAUUUUGUUAUAUAAAACCCAAGUCCUUUAUCGAUUCAGUCAA